UUAUAGCCCUACUUCCCCUUCCGCCGCUUUGACUUGAGACGGGAGAGAUUAGAGAGGAGGAACGAGAUGGAAGUGAAGGAGCUAUGGGCGACGCUCGAGCACGCGAUCAAGUCUUACACGGGGCUUUCUGCGGCGACCUUCUUCACGUUCGUGGCGGUCGCCGUUGCGUUCUAUUACGUGGUGUCCGCCUACUUCGAGCCGGCGCCGGUGGCGAGAAAGCGGGAGGUGGAGGCUGAGCCGGUGGAACCGCUUCCACCGCCGGUUCAGCUCGGCGAGAUCACUGAGGAGGAACUUAUCGCUUACGACGGUUCCGAUCCCAAAAAACCCCUUCUCAUGGCGAUCAAAGGCCAGAUCUACGACGUGACACAGAGCAGGAUGUUCUAUGGACCCGGAGGUCCAUACGCUUUAUUCGCCGGCAAAGAUGCGAGCAGAGCGUUGGCCAAAAUGUCCUUCGAGCAGAAGGAUCUCACCGGAGACAUCUCAGGCUUAGGUCCCUUCGAGCUUGAGGCCUUACAGGACUGGGAAUACAAGUUCAUGAGUAAAUAUGUGAAGGUCGGAACAGUCAAGAAAACUGUUCCAGUCACUGAUGGUUCUUCUGAGACUGCCAAUGCCUCCGAAAUAACCGAUGAAUCAGUUGAAGUUUCACACACCGCCGAAUCAAACAACCCGACCGGUUCAGCUAAGCAUGAUAUCGAAGCGGUCGAUCGUGAUGGUGGGUUCGAAAUAAUUGCAGAACCGAAGCUCGAAAAGCCGAAAGAAGAUGUGGAUGAAGCUGAAGCUGUUGCAGAGGCAAAGAUAGAGAAGCUUAAAGAGGAUGAUGGGGACGUUGAGGAGAAGAAGGAAUAAGUAAAGUCUGCUUGAGCUGAAGGAUAUUGGUAUGAAUUUCUUGAUGCAGUGAGAUUUGUGUCGUUUGCUGAAUAUAUUUUAAUCGGUAUGUGUUAUAGAAGCUUUUGGACGUUAUGAGGUUUCGUUGACUUUUGUUUCAGUAAUAUGAUCAUAUACAUCAUAGAUACACAUUUGAUGAUGUAUUUUUAAUAAGCUACUUUCAAGGUAAGUUUUUUAUUUUAUUUUA